CUAUUCAGAAAACAUAUAUUUGAGGUUGUGACAUCACUGCUCAUGGGGUUGAGCACUUUUGAUCUUGACGAAUAUGGGUGCAUAAUUGGACAUAAAAACAUCGUUUAUUUUUCAUGUGGAACCUGUAUUUAACAUUUUUAUGAAAUUUUCAUAUCACAAGACUCUGCUCAAGCUGUGAAUGGAUUUUGAGUCUACAUUGGGGCCGAGUUUUUGCCUAGGAUGUCCCGACAUGAAGGUGUAAGCUGUGACUGCUGUCUGAAAAGUAAUUUCCGAGGCAGAAGGUAUAAGUGUCUGAUUUGUUACGACUAUGACCUUUGUUCGACCUGCUAUGAAAACGGAGCAACAACUACAAGGCAUACAGCAGAGCAUCCAAUGCAGUGUAUACUUACUAGAUCAGAUUUUGAUUUAUAUUAUGGUGGUGAAGCGGUGAGUUUAGACCAAGCCCAGUCCUUCUCCUGUCCAUAUUGUGGGAAGAUGGGGUUUACAGAAACAACCUUACAAGAGCAUGUCACUUCUGAACAUUCUGACUCAAAUGCAGAAGUGGUGUGUCCAGUGUGUGCAGCAUCACCAGGAGGUGACCCUAAUCAUGUGACUGAUGAUUUUGCAGCUCAUCUGACGUUAGAACACAGAUCAUCAAGAGAAAUUGACGAAGCAGGCAAUGUGAGGCAUCUAAGAAGAAUGUUUCAUCCAGGCAGAGGUAUAGGACCGAGACCAAGGCGGACAAACAUGCACUUUGGUGGUGGCAGUGCACUCUCGGCAGGUCAAAGUUCAGGUUCUCCUGGCAACAGAGAAGCCAUGGAUCCUAUAGCAGAACUCUUAUCACAAUUAUCUGGGGCUAGGCGGUCAGCAGGUGGUCUUGCUAGCCAUUCUUCGACAGCCUCACAGUUGCAUCAACUACAGAUGAUGCAACUGCAAUUAGAAAGGCAACAACAGCAGCAGCAACAACAGCAACAGCAGCAACAAUCUCAGAAUGCCCAAGUUAGGAGUAUGGGGAGACGGCAAGUAGAAAGUUUGACAGUACCUCCUCCACGGAGACCUACCGGGGCAGCUGCAUCGGCCAACAGCAACCCUAGCCACGGUGCCCCUUCUUACAGUUCGGUAGUGGAGACUGGUUUAUUAACAGCCAGCACAUCACAACAACCAGAGUCCCAGUAUCUAUUGUCAAGGAUAAACGAGCCUUCCCUAUCAGAAACGGACCUCCAGGUUUCAGAGAUAGAGAAUGCUGACCGCAGUUUCUUUCUCCAAGAUCUGAUCCUCUCCACGCUAAACGACUCCGACAAGGAGUCGGACACUUCACUAGAAAACAUAGAGGGCCUCCUCGCUUGCACCAGUCUCACGGAGGAUACGACGAUAGCAUCGCCAACCCUUCACAAGUUAGGAUCUUUAAAUUUGAAAGAAAAGGAGGGGCCGGCAUAGCACAUAGCCUCUCAGUGUGUUUUGUGUGUUGUUUGUGACUGAUAUUGUAAACGAGGCGAGUAAAAACAAGAUAGAAUGAAAAAAAAGAAACAAAAUCAAUUUACCAGUGCAUUCUUGUAUAUUAUAUUAAUAUGAAUAUAUAUAAACUAUGAUAUCCAAUGGUAGAGAAUCUGCAUAGCAUUAUCAAGUCAGUAUAGGACUGGACUAAGCCAGGGGCCGAGAAUAGUGGGCACUUAUAUCAGUCUUUUGCAAUAUUUCUUUUUAUACUUUUUUUGCAGAUGCAGUAGAUUGUUAGCAAGAGAGAGACAAAUAGGUGCCCCACUAAAGUUAAUAUUGCUAUUGUUAACCUCUGUCUGACAGGGAUUUUUCCAUGAUUUUUGUUGUUGUAAGAAUGUGGAUCAAUUAUGACAUUCAUUAUUAAUGAGAUCCAUUGUUGUGAUCCGUCAUGUUGCAUUUGUUGUCUUUCUGUCACUAAACCUGCCAGAUAAGCAUAAUUUGUUCGUCUCAUUUAGAGCAAUUAAAAAUAUCAAGCAUAUAGAUCCGUAUUCUGAUCUUAAGUUUAAUGUAAACUAUGUCUAAAGUUGUGCUUUAUCUAUGGAUAGUGAUCAACGUGUGUUCUCUAAUGAUAGAGGUCCAAACUGUGGGUGCAUGUGACACCGAAAGGCUGAUAACAUUAUGGGAAGACUAACAUAUUUCUUCACCCAUCCUGAGAAUGAUAAAUAACAUCUUUUUCUUCACCUAUUUCGGGGAUAAACACAGUUUUCUUCACCUGAAAAAGCACGGGAAAAGAGACCAAGCAACAUAAGAUGAAUACAGAGUAAAUAAAGUUACAUUUUAGGUUUCCUAUGAUUUUGGCAUAGACUUAGACCAUGGUUUAAACUAAACUAGAUUUUAGAAUAUUGGCCAAAUUGUUUGCCUUAUGUUAUAUCAUAAUCUUUCUAAUUAAUGUUCUCUGACAGACUCCAUUAUUCUGUUGCAUAGACUUUCAGAUUAUUUCUUCUAUUAGAUAUAAGUGCUUUAUACACUCAUGUAUCAUUUUUGGACACUCCUAUUAAUGCUGUAAUUUUAAUUUAAAAUGAUUUUUUUUUUCACUUUUUAUCUGUUGGCCCAUCUGCGGAUUCAUACAGUUGCUUUCUCUUAAUUACUUUCAACUUCAGUGAUUUUUCCUGUUACACAAAGCUCACAGAUUGAUUGCACAGUUGAUUGAUACGAUUGAUUGCACACAAUGAUCUAUGGAUCAGUCAUUAAAAUCAGCCAUAUGAUCAACUACAAAGCUCUGUGUAUCAUUGCUCUGAUUGGUUCUUUCACUGAUAGAGGUUGGGACUGUUCACAUUUAGGAAAUAUGCCAAUGUUUGCAAAUGUACUGACUUUAAAACUAGAUAUAUUCGAACACUUAAUAUUAGGACAAGGUUUUUAUUUUUUAAAGACUACAGUCAUUUUUGUAUCGGGACUUUCUUUAUGAGAGAUGUUUAGCUUAAAUGAAUCACAACUAUAAACAAAUCAUUUGUGCAUCUUCCACAAUAUUCUUGAGUUCUGGUAUUGAAUGAAAAAUGCUUUUUUUUUUUUAAAGAUGGCUGUCAUAUAUGCUCAACACAAGCAAAUAAGCUUAAAUGAAAAUAUCUGAUUUAAACUAAUAACAAAAAAACCCAAACAAACUGAAAAUAACGAUGUCUGAUUGAACAGUGUUGGGGGUGGAAAUCAUUAUUUCCCCCUGUUCUGGAAUCUGUGUUGGUUUGUUUUGAGCACGUGGGAAUUCAAAGCAUUUUCAUGACAUGAUCGCUUUGUGCAUCUGAAUUUUUCAAACAAUUCAAGAAAUAUUUGACAUAAUUUAUACAGUAACUGAACCCAAGAAUACCUGGGAAGAUCAGGUUGUAAACCCUUUGAUGAACGGACGUAGUGUACCAGAAAUUCAAACUUUUUUAACCGCUGUCGUUGACUUGUGUAUCUUAUAUCUGUAUUGUUGUGUAUGAAAUUAAUCAAAAGCAAUGCCUUGAAUGGAAGGGAGAAUUAUCAACAAUGUCAAUUUAUUGAGAUGAGUAAUGCUUAUAAGGAGGAUGGAGAAGGAAAAUGUCCAGCCUUGCAGAAUUACAUUUCUUGAGACAUUUUAUAUUAUGUAAACUGAUACAAUCCUCGUUUUGUUUCACCACCGGAGAUAUUGAAUUUUCUUCAAUCCACCCUUUGCAAUUCAUGAAAUAUGGGGUUUAAAUGGUUGCAUUGGAGAAUGACAAGUAAUGGUGAAGAACAAAGCUAUGUAAUUUCAAUAUAUUUUUCAAAUCAGAAUAAUUGCUAGAUAUAAGAAAAUGAUUUUUUUUUUAAUUAUUGGGUUCUCUAGAAAUGUUAUUCUGCAGAAGCUGAAAAUAGAGCCGAUGAUGUCAUUGCUGAUUAACUUCAUUUCAAAGUACUUGUUUAUGAAAUGAAGAAAGAAAAUUAAUUUGAUUAUGAAGCAAAGGGAUAAAAAAAAACGCACAGAGUUUGUAUGUAUUUAAAUGGACGCUGUGUACUGAGACAUUCUAUGGCAUCGACGUGCAAGGGAGGGUUGACUCCCGAAUGACAUUGUAUGUUUGAAUUGUGUAUAUAUUCCAAGACAAAUUCAAAUGAUGAUGGCAUUGUGGAAGUGGAUUUCGCAGUGUGUUUUCAAAUCUUGUAUUUUUUUCAUGUCCAAAAGGCUAGGUGGCCUACGAGGCAGCUGCUUAGUUUUCAAGCAUUUUUUUGUUUCCCCCUGUUUCCAUUACAAAUCUACUUUGUGAGAGAUUUUGAUAUGGGAUGAAUAUCUACAAGAACUUUUGUGUCAAAACUUGUAUUCCUUUCAUUUAGGGUAAUCCUUUGAAGUAAUAUUCCUUGUUUUUGUUUUUUACAAGAAAAUUUAUUUGGGGGGAUCCCAUUUUAAUAUGAUUAGUAUUUCAUUGAUUUCAAACAAUGAAGAAUAAUGUAAUACUUGCAACAAUGAGACUUAAAACAGUAUUCUUAAGCAGGGCAUUCUCUUUUAUACCAAGUGAACUAUUGACACACACACACACAUACCCCCAAACACAGACAUGCUAGCACCCUAACACAGACUCACACUUGAGAAGAAAAUUAUUUUCAAGACUCUACUGCAUCAUUCUACCCCGAUUUCUCCUGAAUACAUGCACAAUCUCUGUGACAGGCUUGGUAGUAAUAUGAAAUAAGUAAUUUCCAUCAGUUUUCUAUGAAAAAAAGAUAGAGGUGAUUGAUUAUUUUUCAGGCAUUACUGGUUUGGUUUCAUUUUCCUGUUAAAUUAUUAAAGCUAAUAAAAAGUAAUGGUUUUGUGAGUUAUGGGAUGAAUAGUGUAUUCUAAAAAUGUCCCUGACUUUAAAGCUGAGACCAAGUACAAAGAGAAAUAUUGAAUUGGUAUUCUGUUUUGGCUAUAUUUAUCAUACAUGUACUCACUCCUGUUUUUAAAUCAGUUACAGGGCUCUCGAAACUUACUACAUUAUGAUAUUCUCACUUUCUAAAAUUAUUAUUUUAAUUGUAAAGAAUUUUCAAAUGUCAGUUACCAUGAUUUUUUUGUCACUAAAUUUAUUAUGAUUUUGCUGUGAGUUUGAAGCUGGCCAUAGUCUCUUUUUUUACCUUGAUCAAUAAGUUGGCUCACCGACCUCUAAAUAUUUUCUUUUCUCCAGUAAGAUUAACAAGAAAUAUUCUGAAAAUGCUGCUAUUAAAGAGCCCUUCUUCCUCUGAAUUUUCUCAAGCCAUUAAUAACACUUCACGCUGUCUCAAUGUUCCACAGAAUUAAGAACAUGACAUGAUCAUGUAGCAUCUGUCUUUGAACUUAAACAAACAUGCCUUACCAUAUUUGAUAUUUGCAGAAUUUCUACUGUUUUUGUUUUACUUGUCGCCUCUUUUUUUUUAUUGAAGUUAUUUAAAAUGCUUGUUUUUUGACAGGAUCUUGGUAUCAUGACAUUUUCUUUUGUAAGGUAGAACGAUUAAAUAUUAUAUCUAAUCCAAGUUAAUUGCUUCUGCAUAUGACACACUGUUAUAUCCUUCCGAUGUCAGCUGUACUGUGUACAUGGAGUUCAGUGUCCCAGUGUUCACUGCAUAAAUAGAUAUGUUAUAAAAGAUAUGAAAUUAAAAAAAAACAUA